AGAGCAAAGUAAACUUGAGUUCAAGAGUAAAGAAACUGUUGACAGUGUGAAUCAAAGUGUGAAUACAUCUAAUUUGCAUCUAAUACGACCCAAUGCCAUAAAAAGUACCUAUUUGGGAUGGCAGCACUGACAAGAAGUCACAUUGAAGUCUAUUGAAAGACGUCAACUUUAAAAAGCUUGUUUACCAGAUUUCUAAAUUAUAUCAAUUAAUUUUCAUAAAUACUUACUAGUUUGAUUUUUAUUUUUUAAUUAGGUAAAAUGUACACUUCGGAAGGUUUAAGAAGAUGAGUAUUUAUUUGCUGUUAUAUUUAGUGUUGGUGUUUGUGAAUUUGGUGGGGGGUAGGUAUGGGUUCAUAACACUGCGAGGGGCUGAGAGGAUGGUGAUGAAGCAGACGGAGAACAUGUUCGACAUCCCGGAUGACCACGUGGCGAGAGCUUCCUACAAAAACGAGAUCUUUCAAAAUGGCUGGGCGUACCUAGAAGUGAGCACACAGGCCGAGUUCGCAGACUCGCAGCAGGCGCACGCGGCCGGGUACCUGGAGGGCUAUCUCUCGCGGGACCUCAUCUGGAUGCACUGGUGCAACGUACUGCAAGGAUUUUGCAUUGGCAAGGAAGACGUGUGCCAAAUGGUGGACGAUUUCGUGGACGCCAACCAGGACUACGUGCUCACGGAGGCAGUAAGGCAUCAGAACGAAACCUACUGGUAUCAGGUGUGGCUGUUCUACCACCAGCUGGAGGGGCUCGCGUGGGGGUACAGGAACGCUACAACGGACCCGGACAAGCUCCUCACCUUUCGGGACAUCUUUUGGAUGAACAUGGUGGGCGACCUGGACGACCUGGCAUUCUCCAUGAUCCUCCGCUCCAACCACUCGAAGCGGGACAUCGACCCCGACCCCACGGCGCGCCUCGACCGCUGCACGGGCCUCGUCAAGCUGCUGCCGGACCUGUCCAAUCUCUACACGUCACAGACCACCUGGAACUCUUACAAUUCAAUGCUUCGGAUACAGAAGAUGUACGUGCUCAACUACCGAGUCUCGAGAUGCAGCACGGAACGGAUCCCCGGCUACAAGAUGUCUUUCUCCUCCUAUCCGGGCCUUGCCACCUCCUUAGAUGACUUCUACAUCAUCUCUUCGGGGCUGGUGCCGGCGGAGACGACCAUCGGGAACAGCCGGCGCGCGCUCUUCGACCUCAUCCAGCCGCUUGGGAAGAUCCUGGAGUUCGUGCGUUCGAUGGUGGCUAACCGCUUGGCGCGUGACGGACGCGAGUGGGUGAAAAUCUUCAGCCAACGCAACAGCGGCACCUACAACAACCAGUGGUACAUAGUGGAUUACAACAAGUUCAAGCCGUCGGAGAGGGGGUGCCCGGGGCGUGUCAGUCCCGGCCUGCUGUGGGUGGUGGAGCAGCUGCCCGGGGCCAUCGAAGCGGCCGACUUAACGCAAAGGCUGGUGAAGACCUCUUACUUCGCGUCUUACAACAUGGCGCACUUCCGGCGGAUCUUCGAGCUUGGCGGCGGGUUCGAGCGCAUACAGACGUACGGCGACUGGUUCGGACAGGAGUCACACCCGAGAGCGAAGAUGCUUAAAAGACUGCAGGCUGGUAUCCACAACAUGCGCGACAUGUUCCACGCGAUGCGCAACAACGACUACAAGCACGACCCCCUCGCGCGCUGCCCGCAGUGCAGCCCGCCGUACAGCGCGUGCAACGCCGUCGCGGCUAGGAACGACCUAAACCCUGCCAAUGGCACAUACCCAUUCCAAGCGUUAGGCCACCGCUGCCACGGCGCCAUCGACGCCAAGGUGACGAGCGCGCGGCUGCGCCCCUCGUACGAGUUCGUCGCCGUGUCCAGCCCGCCGUAUAACGAAGCGCGCGGCAUCCCGCCGUUCAAAUGGAGCGAGUUUGACUUGGGCAAGAAUGUGUCCCACAUCGGUCACCCAGAUAAGUGGGUCUUCCCGCCGGUCAGGCACGGCUGGGAGUGGCGAUGAGCUCCUCGCACAGCACAACUAGCACAAGGCUACAUGGACUGUACCUAAGAGUUUCUACGUUCAGAGCGUUGUUUAGCGAGUAUACCUCGUUUCGACACGAGCUUACCCGCGCGCUGCAUUUCGCGUAUCGGCGGUUUCAGACUAGCAUUUUUUCUGCGCGUGUACACAGUCGUUCGUUUUGGCGUUAAGUGCUUACACUCGCGCUAUAUUUCGCUACAUUUGGUGUCCAAAAACGAGGUUAUAGGAGCGUAUUAAACGCUAGCCUGAACCGCCCUAAAGGUGUUGAAAGGAUAGUUGAGGUGAAUAAUUAUGAUUACACACACCUACAUAAUACUAAUACCCUUUCAAAAAAGAUUAUGCAGAACUAAUGAGUGAAUGGAAUGUGAUUCAAGUCAACGAUAUUUUAAACUAAAUUUGAUAAUCUUUGAAGAUUUUUUUCGUUUACUUUCAAUAUUGAUAUAAAAAUACUAAUUUCAAAAUUCCGCUGCCGUUACAUGACAUUGUUGUGUGCGUGACCUUAACUCUGGGGCCGAUACCUAUGUACACUUCAGAGAACCUAUUUGCUACCAUCAGGAGAAGGAUCACUAAAGAUGCACGGUUAACUUACCGUUCGAAAACGUUAUUGCAAUGAAAUAAGUAUGAACUAUUAUAUGUAGUUAUAAUAAUUAGUACCAGUUAGCGUUGCUCAUACUAUUUUUCGCUAACCCGCUCCGUGCACCCGCUUAUGUCGGCGAAGGGCAUAAAUAUACGAUAUCUGCAUAUUGUACCAUAUACUUAAGGUCCGACCGAGAACGCUUUUUUUGUCUCGACCGAGACCGAGACCGAGAUUCAAUGGGAUUCUCGGCAGAGACCGAGACCGAGAAUUUAUAAAAUAGAAAAAAAGACGAAUUUUGCACUAAAAAUGUUUUUUUAAUCGAAAUUCGACGAUUUAUCUGAAAAAAGUUAUCAUAAUCAAUUCGUAGCGCUAUAAAUAGUAUUUUUAGGGUUCCGUAGCCAAAAUGGAACCCUUAUAGUUUCGUCAUGUCCUUGUGUCUGUCGUCUGUGCGUAUGUAACAGCCAUUUUAUUCAAAAACUAUACGAUAUAUUUUAUAACCAAAUUUGGAACGUACGUGUAGAUGUAUUAUGUAAGUCGCUUCAUAGUUAAGAAAAAAAUAUAUAAAAUAUAUUUUCAAAUAUAUACUCUAUU